AUGCCGCCUCGGAAGAAGGCCAGGCUGGGUUCGACCAGUGGUGCUGGUCUUGCGAGCGUCAUUGCAGCUGAUGCACCUGCUGCAAGUAUGCGGGAGGGAUGUGGAUUCCAGCAGACUCCCCACCUGUCAGAUUCAGCGAGUACUAUCGAGUACGUCGGUGAAGAUGCAGCGACAGUGGUUUCAGAUUCUACUGCCCCAUGGCUACCUGAUGAGCAUGGCAAGUGCCCCUUUCCCAUUCUGGACGGCGGCACUUUCAUUACCAUUGCGCAACGCGCGCAGCGUGAUGGCUCCGAAUGGUUGUUGAACGAGAGUACAACCAUGCUUCACCAAGCUGGUCUUCUCACAGCGAACGAUGUGAUGGAGUUCAAACAGCAGUUUUUGACAUUGUCUGACACUGAAUGGCCUCCGGAGUUUGGCGAAGUCUUUCAAACGUCACUUCUGGCAUGGAGCUUUGAUGACUCCAGCUUUUGGAGGGGCAAGGACGGCGUGGCUAUGUCUGAGGUCAUUGGCUAUGCCAAGUCGAUGGCGCUUACACGAUUCCGUGAGGGUCUUGAAUGGGGCGCCCUGCAGAGCGAACUGGUGGUGGCGAGAUUCGCGGAGCGGCCGCCGGAAGACCUUCCACCUGAUCGCAUUGCGUGGGCGCUCCUCAAGUUUGGAGAUGGUUCACAAAAGAUGCUUGCCGCCUUUAUGGUGUGGCUAGCUUUGCUGCUGACAUGGAGGAAGCACGGUGCAGAGUGCUUCGAGAACCCGCUUGUCAUGGGCUGGAUUUCGAGCUUCCUGCGUGUCCCAACCAUGAUCAAGGCUACAGAUACAAGAUCCACUCCAUUGGAGUCACUGCUGUCACGCAUCGUAGCGCAGAACAUCAAUGCCAAGGUCCAACCUAUUACAUCGUAUGGCUGGGCAUGCAUAUUGAAGCAAGUGGUUCUGAAGGAGGGCUCAUCGUUCGAGGAGUGUCUGAGCGCCUACAACACCCAUCCGGAUGUUGUUGCGCAUGACCGGUCAGAGACCGGAUCAGGAACGAUCGCCCUAGACAACCGCAAGAAGCAAGGUGUGCGCAAUUUCAUGGACCGCACUUGUCCGUUGGCUUUUCAGGAAAUCGCCAAGAGUUGCAACGAGAUGGCAUUUGGCCAGGGUCCGUUUGGCGAAGCUUUCGCGUGUUGCAACAUCUGCUUUCUCCAAUCCAAAGCCAAUUUGGAUGCAAAUCCUCAGACGGAUGAGACAGACCACCCGAUGACUGGAGAGCCCUUUCUUGAAGUUGAUUGGCAGCUUCCUAUGACACCGGCAGCUCAGCUCCUCCUGUUUCAGAAGGUCCGGGCCAUGUAUGCGCGAAGCACUGCCGGGAUUCCGGUCCAGAACAAGAAGAAGUACAGGCUGAAUGCAGAAGAGCUCGUCUGCACCAGGAACCUUUGUGUGCUCUUCUCCAGUGUAUUCGCUUUCUUCAGGAAGAAGAUCCCGGAGGAGGAAGCAAUCAAGUGGGAAAACAACUUCAUCCAUGGGAGUUCUUUCAACGAGGACUUCUUGGCUUUGUUGGAGGUCAGGCCAACGAAGGUCGCCCUUUCCAUGCUGAAAAGCAAGAAGUUGGAGGCCGAGAGGUUGGCGCUGGAGAAGCAGUCUGUCAUCCAUGCUGCUGUUUCGGUCCAGAAAGAGGCGGUGACCGAGGCCCAAUGGAAAUGGUUCAACUCAGCUCUCAGAUCGGACCAGGCCCUGCUCACACGAGUUCAAGCUGUGCCCAUGAAGAUCAAGGCUGCUUUGCACGCAAAGUCUGUGGCCCACCGACAGGCUCAAGCAGAUGCUGGUCAGAAGGCUGCCGAUGCAAAGAUCAGUGCUGACGAAGUGGCUCUCCUGGGGUGGGUUGACAUGAAUGCGCCCCAUGCCCGGAACAAAGAGGCCUGCCAAGCCUUGUGCAAAGGCAUUGCUACCAUUAACGAGAUCGACCCAGCACUGUGCGCCAGCAUCCUGAUUCUUCCGGAUUACGCCCGUGGCAGCAGCAUUCGGGGGCUGUUCGACGAAGAGAAACAGCUGUUCGAGGAAUUGUACUCGCUGUGCCAGAACUGCGAAUGCCGCUGGGUGGAAGUCUAUGCCAGGGAGUCCCGCCGCGCAGAUCAGCGAUCGAAUGCUCGCCGAUUUGGUUUGGGCAGAGUCAUCACAUCGAGCCAAAAGAUUGAAGAUAACAAGUGGCUCAAUUCAGAGUUAUCGGUCUACGGGAUUCAGUGCGAAUCCAAGACCGCCUCCGGCCAAGCAACGAACAACUGGCUGCGCAAAAGGGCUCAAAGAGGUAUAGAGAUGCUGCUGGAAGCGGCCUUGAGGCACACAGGGGUUUCUGCAGCAUUGGUCAUCAAUUUGACCGGCUAUGUCGAGGAGCUUGGUGUUGCAGCCAUCAACCUUCGCGUCAAAGAGACGAUGAACGGGGAGGGCGGCGUGAACCUGAAGAAGCUGUACUACAUGUCGCCGCACACCCUCGACAACCCUGAGAACGUCAAGUAUGGCAAGGCUCGCAUCUGCAGGGAGUUGAUCGACCUUUGGAUCGACAAGAAACUGAGCUAUGAGAAGGACAGCAUCGAUUGCCAUCAGUAUUUGGAAUCUUUGGACUCCAUGGGCUUGCAGGUGCUGGUGCGGUGCAACGAUCAGUUCAAGGUUCACCCUGACCAUGUGAAGCAGUGGACGGAGGCUGGUGGUGAGUAUGGCCGUCAGUUUGCGUCCUUGCAGAAGUCUCAUGAGAGCAAAUUCCAGGGCUUGUUGCAAAGCAUUGUUCGGUCCAGCGGCGCGAUCGUUCCAACCGACGACCAGAGUCAGAGCCCCCAAGCGGAGGGUGGUGACCGUCCACAGCAAGCGCCGGCUCAGGAAUCUGAACAGGGGCCCGAGCUCAAGUCAUUUGCAUCCUUUGAAGCUCUGAACAGUGCAGAUUCCAUCCAGGUUCGCUGUGCCAGUGAGAUUGCAGGCGUCGAGCUGUUGAAGGGGUCGUCUGGCAAGAUCUAUGUGAUGAGUGACAAGUCACGCAUCCUUGCCAAGCAUCAAUUGCUGGGUGGCUUCGGGACUGGCAAGUAUGUGCCAGCAGCUGAAUUGGACACAUCGAUGGAGGGGAAGUUCGUGGCUUUUGAUUGGAGCGAGGGAGACAGAACAUUGCUCCAGGUGGACCUUCAGUCAGUCACGCCAGAGCAAAGUGGAAUAGAAACCAUGACUCUCUACCGCUACUUGGUGAUGCUGGAACGCCAGAAACGCGUCACUAGCUAUCAGAUUAGCUAUGCAGACGUCGGCCGGGUUCAGAGUCGCGCCCAAGACUCCUUCGAGAUCACGCCAAAGAAUUCACACCUUUACCGCACCAUGCUGGACCCAAGCAAGCCCUUGACGUGCAAGUCAUUUUUUCACGAUGCCUAUGUGGUUUGCAAGAACUCGGCAGCGCUGAUGCCCAUUUUUAGAUGGCGGUUCGACAGAGUCCACCACGUGACCAAGGUCCAAAAACCUUACGUGGUCACAAGGGUCCCUGUGCAGUUGGAAGCGGCCAAACCUAUGGAACUGUAG